AUGGCCUUCGCCGGUGGCGGCAGGGGCGGUGCUGGAUCCUGGGGCGCGGCGGCGCUCGGCGACGGCGGCCAGGCCCCAGCCCUCUGGCGAGGCAAGGGCCGCGCGGUCGGCCGCGGCGCCAGCGGUGGAGGGAAGGGCAAGGGCGCGACUGACGCAGCCCCUCGGUCGCCCAGCCAGGCCGCUGCGCCGUGGCAGCGCGAGACCAAGUGGCGCUGCGCAUGGUGCAGCUGUGCGCGCAACCUCGACUCCAUGGUCUAUUGCAAGCACUGCGGAGAGUGGCGCACCGAGGCGCCCAGCCAAGGGGCGGAUGCUGCAUUGGAAGGCUCAGUGCGGCGGCGCCCCUCUGUUCCUCAGCGUGCUCCUCCUCCUGACGGUGGCGAUGCAGGCCCUGCUGUUGACCCCAGCCUCACGGUCUCCGAGCUCGAGGACCUCGUGCGCCUGGCCGAGAAGGCAGGGGACCAGCGCGUGGCAGGACGCUACAAGCAGCAGCUGCAAGUUCAGAAGGUUGGUGAUCCCCCGCCACAGCAGCGUAUCAGUGCCAUCGGUGCCAAGGUCGCCGAGCUCGAGACGGUCUUGGAGAAGGAAGUCCAGAAGCUCGAGCAGUACCAGCAGUGGGUGGCCCAGCAGGCGGACACGGUCGCAGAGCUCACGGAGCGCUUAUCUCAGGCCGACGCCGAGUACAGGGCUGCAGUUGCCUCUCUGGUCGGUGACCGACCUGAUCGAGCUGCCUCUCCAGCUCCACCUCGCAUCUCCAUCAAGGAGGUGGUCGACGGCACUGGCAGCAUCAUCGACCUCAUCGACGUCGACUCUGUGUUUGACGUGGAUGGCUACGAGUGCUCGGAUGAUGACCGCAAGAACAUCGCUGACCGCCGUGAUCUGCUGCGGUCCCAGCUGCAGGACGUUGCCAAGGGCCUCUUCUCUGGCGCACUCGAGAAGCUGGAGGCCAUCAAGGCCGAGCAGGCCGCCCACGUCGCGCGCCUCACGAAGAAGAAGCGCAAGGGUGCAUCAGGUGAAGGUGCGGCUGCAGGCCCCCUGGCAGGCGCGAAGCUGGACUCGACCACAGCCAGUCAGGACCCCAAGGCGAAGGACAGGGACAAGUCGGUCGGGUUCGCGGACUCUGCACCGCCUUCUGCUCGGUCCGCGGGAACCCCAGCAGCCCCUCCUCCGACGCCAGCGGCUACCAGCAUUCGUGAGCGUGCUGCGGCCCAGAUCAAGGCUGCUUCAGUGCGUGUCCCCCCUGCUGCCGCUGCUGACAAAGCCAGUGCGUAG